CAAAGACAAGUAGCGGAACAAAUGGGGUAAUAGAGAGAGAGAAACGAUAACAGAUGACCACAGAAGAAGAAAAGAGAUGCAAGAUCCACAAUCCGAUUCCUCCAACGCAAACCCCAUCUUACCAAAAUCUUCUCCUUCUUCUUCUUCUACCCAUAACAACAAUGGCGCUUCUCCCUUCAAGAAUACCUUAGCACCAUUACCGGCAUUCGCUGCCACAUCCUCCUCCACAAUGCAAGCUGAUCUUAGCCCCAAUCCCAAUUCCGGUGUCACCGGAGGUGGAGGAGGACACAGGAGGGCGCACUCGGAAGUCACUUUUCGGAUGCCGGAGGAUAUGAUGGAUCUGUCGUCGUCUGAUCCGUUCAACGCCGGUGGAUCGUCUACGGCUAGUUUUGAGGAGAUCGGGUCGGAGGACGACCUGUUUUACACCUACAUUGACGUUGAAAAGCUUGGUGGGAACGGUACCGGAGGAAACUGUGCGGAUCAGAGUGGUGGUGGUGAGGUUAAAACGGAAGGCAAUAAUGGUGGUGGUGGCGGUGAGGGAGAGAAGAAUUGGAGUGGGAGACCUAGGCAUCGGCAUAGCAGCUCGGUUGAUGGGUCGUCGACGUCGACUAGUGUGUUUGGGGAGAUUAUGGAUGCCAAGAAGGCUAUGCCGCCUGAUAAGCUUGCUGAACUUUGGACGAUAGAUCCCAAGCGUGCCAAAAGGAUACUGGCUAAUCGGCAGUCUGCUGCUCGCUCAAAGGAGAGGAAAGCUCGCUAUAUACAAGAACUUGAGCGAAAAGUUCAGACUCUUCAAACAGAAGCUACAACUCUAUCUGCCCAACUCACACUCUUCCAGAGGGAUACUACAGGACUGAGUACAGAAAACACAGAGCUUAAGCUUCGGUUACAAGCUAUGGAGCAACAAGCUCAGUUACGUGACGCUCUGAAUGAAGCACUUAAGAAGGAAGUUGAGAGGCUAAAGAUUGCCACAGGGGAGAUGAUGAACCAUUCUGAAUCAUUUAACAUGGGAAUGCAUCAAAUGUCAUAUAAUUCAUCAAAUUAUUUUCCAGUUCCACAACAGGGAGGACAUUCUGGCCACCAAAACAUGCAGUUGCCAUUCAAUCAUUCCCAGGCUACCAUGUCAGCUCACCAUCUUCAACAAUCAAAUUCUCAUAAUAUCACUGAAUUUUUGCAGAACGAUCCUGUUGGUCGGUUACAGGGACUUGACAUCAGUAACAAAGGUUCAUCUAUUGUGAAGUCUGAAGGUUCCUCACUCUCUGCAAGUGAAAGUAGCGCCACAUUUUGAGGCAAACUCACUGCUGACCUGCUGACUUGUCCAUGACACCUGAUCAUCUGUUCAUAGAUUGACAUCCAUCCAUUUAGAGGGGGUACUCUUAUUCCUUUCCUUUUUAUUUAAUUAAUUUGUGUCAAGGUUUAGUUCUUAAUAUUUUUUUUUUCUUAAGGGGCCAAAAAAAAAAAUCACUCGUAGAUGUUGGAAUGUUGUCUCAGGUCUUUGUUAGAUAUGAAAUUUUGUGUUCUUGGGGGUGUAAGAAACAUGUGGGUAUGAAAGGUCAUUUCCCAAUAGGAAUUUAGCAUGAUGUUAUUCCUUUCUUUGUACCUUAACUUAUUUUUUAUGCCAUGUAAACUUAUGUAUCCUUUGUGAAAUGCUGUUCAGUUUCUAUUUCAUGGAUUGGCUGAAGUGAGCUGGUUCUGUUUACAAAAAAAGAAUGUUUUUUGUUCUA